AUGUUCCAAUCAUUAGAUUUUGCACUCGCGUUUUAUGAUGUGUAUGCCCGGGCCGUUGGUUUUGAUACGCGCAAACAAGGGGUGAGGAAGGUGGAAGAUGUUACAAUGUGGUAUUAUGUUGUAUGCAAUAGGGAAGGCCAGAAGAAGUCCAACGAGGAUGACCAAUUGAAUGCACGUUCCGGUUUCUCCAUGAAGCGUCGGCGCUUAUCCAAGCGAUGUGGAUGUAAAGCGAGUUUAUCCUUCAAGUAUUUCUCUGAUAAUGGACUUGCAGGUUACAUAGUCCAGCAUUUCAACGAGCUUCAUAACCAUGAUAUGGUUGAGUCAGAGCAUCAGAAGUUUAUGUCUGUUAACCGUCAUUUGGAUGACGUGCAUCAGAAAUUUAUACUUGAUUGUUCAAAGGCGAAUAUUGGACCCACACUUACGUUUAAGGUGUUGAAAGAAACUCUCGGUGGGUUUGACCUGGUCGGUUGUACGGUUGGGGACAUCAGGAAUGCGUCACGCGACACUAAAGCAUAUGCACAUGGAUUCGAUGUGCAAAUGGUGUUGGACGACAUGGCUAAAAAGAAGGAAAUGUUUGAGUCGUACACAUAUCAUUAUGAGGUUAACGAAAACAACCAGUUGGUUGCCUUGUUUUGGUGUGACGGCUUGAUGAAGAGGAAUUACCACAUGUUUGGUGACAUUGUAGCCUUUGACUCCACGUAUAACACGAACAGGUAUUGCAUGAUAUUCUGUCCUUUCACGGGAAAGGACAAUCAUGGAAGACCUGUAACCUUUGCGGCUGGCUUGGUAUCCAAUGAGAAAACAGGGGCAUUUGGCUGGUUGUUUAGACAUUUUGUUGAAUGCAUGGGCAUAGCACCGAAGAUGAUCGUGACAGAUCAAGACAAUGGAAUGAGAUCAGCCAUUGAAGAGGUUUUGGUUGGCACGCGACACCGAUGGUGUAUGUGGCACAUAAUGCAUAAGUUGGCCACCAAGGUUCCAAAUAGGUUGCUGAGGGAUGAAGCUUUCAAGAAGGAAUUCAGUGCAUGCGUUUGGUCUGAUUUGCUUGAGCCUGACGAAUUUGAAGAGGAGUGGAAAAGAGUUGUGGAAAGUCAUGGGUUGGAAGACUUUGACUGGUUUAACUCAUUGUACGAGCACAGGACUACGUCCAUUUCCGAAUCGGAGAACAGUUUCUACAAAAGAUUUUUGAAGCCCCGGGUGAACAUAGCCGAGUUCUAUUUGAAUUUCAACCAUGCUGUUGAGUUUCAGCGAAACAGUUGGGCUGCUUUAGACUACCACGAUGCCACUGUUUUGCCCAUUUUGGCCACUACCUUGCUGUUCGAGAAACAUGCAUCAACGCUAUACACCGAUACGAUGUUCAAGAGAAUACAAGAAGAAAUCGUUGAGGGUAACGACAGGUGUCGCGUGCUAGGUUUUACUUCGACUGAAUUUGUAGACACAUAUAAGCUUGGGGAUAGCAAUCGAAAAUCGAACAAUGAAGUGAAGAAGAUACCAGAUAAAUACUGCCAAAGUAGGUGGAUGAAGACUCCGCUAGCCAAGGCGGUCCAUGGGGAGUUCCAUAAUGACCUCCCUAUCAGGUGGAUGGUUGAAGAGUUUUAUGGUAUGGUGCGGCCUGAAGUUGUUGAGGUCCAUCCUCCAGAUGUUGUUAAGACCAAGGGGCAUGCAAGCUGCUCAGCGAGCCGACUGAUUUCGAAGAGAGAAAAGGCUUUGAAGGAUGCGAGUAGGCCUCUUAGACGGUGUAAGGCUUGCGAUGAGAUGGGCCAUCAUGAUUCCAGAAAUUGUCCAAUGCUUAAAGAGAUGGAGAUGGAGAAAGAGUUGGGGAAGGGCAAGCGUUCGAUUUGA